UUGACUAUUUUUGCCUGAGCUCGUUAGGGGUAUCAGGGAUUGGCGCUUCAUUCGCUUCACGUUUGAAGUUUCCAAGGGAAAUGUAAGCAGUUAGAGAAGUUGUUUACGCAGGGCAGGCUUCGUUGAUUUGUUUUAGAAUAGAAAUUGAACUGCAUUGUUUUGUUUCAAGCGAGUGAUUACAGGUUUUGAUGUCCCAACCACUAUGACAACAUACGUCAUUUUUCAAGAUAAAAAGUUAUCGCUAUGUGAGUGUCAUUUGUAGACACCAUUGACAAUAUGAAUAAAGCUGUGAUCCACUCCCCAGAAUCCACAGUCACUUCUCUGCUGGCCAGUUCUGGACACCUGAAAAGCUCUGUUUACACUGAUUCUAGUCAUUCCUCUAUCAAGUAUAAUGAUAGGCAUUAUGAGUCUGCUACAGAAGCCCUGGAUGCCUACAUUGAAGACUUUGAGAAAAGCCUUGGAUCUUCAUGGAAGAGCACUGGGAGGCUGCACCUUAAGAGAAACACAGUCAGCCACCCCAGAGCACAGUUUAAGAACAGAGACGUUCUUAAGGAAAGCCUUUCUGAGAGGGAGUUGGAUUUUCUAAACUUGCCGGUAGGAAGAUCAAUUGCCAAUGACCCUGACCUUGUUAGCCUCAUCACUGAUGAUCUCCUUAUCUUGCCACCAGAUGGUUCAUUGCCCAUCACCCGCACCUCAGCCCUCUUGACUAUGUCAAAACGUGAUACUCCGCUCUCCGUGGAUUGUAGUCCACAUUCAAAAUCCUACAGUAGGUCCUGCAAUGAUCCUGCUUCUAGUCACAUUCACGUAUCAUCCAAGGCUUCUGCCCCCCAAGAGCUGGACUCUCAUGUACAGCGAAGGAGGAAGAGUGGAAAAAACACAUCACUUGAGGACAUUUUUGGAACACAUUCCAGCCACCGGUCUCGUAAAGCUGAGUGCAACCAACCCUUGCAACAUAUUCUUUCAACUCCCCUGCCAUCUGAGGACUGCAAGCAGAAAAGAUCUGAGCUGUAUACAAGCUCUGCCAAAAACUAUCCCAGGUGGCUGACCUGCCAGAAGUCGGAAAUAGAUUUUUCAGGGAUAACUAGCUUGCCUGAUGUGAAAUACCCUGGCUGGCUACAGGACUGUGAUCUAGCAUCCAACAUUAGUCACACUCUAGCAUCAAACCCCAAAACAGAGGGUUACUCACUGGGACAGGAGCGGAGAUCUGAGCCUAAAAUUGUGUCCUGGCUUGAUGACCUAGAGGCGUCUUAUUGUGAUCUUCAGAAGGAAAAUCUGGCCAAUCUAUUGAGACUUGGUGAUGAUGUAUACCGCAGCACCAUGCUUACAAAAAGGAAGCAGCAAACAGAGCAACUUGCUACCUUUGAAGUGGAAAGGAAAAACAAUUACAAGGAGUCUUUUAGAGAUGAUAAGAUUGAAUUACUGAUUCUUAAAGCAGAGAAGGCUCUUUCAUCCCCAGCUCUUGGGCUGGGUCGGAGUGUAAGAGAGCAUGAGAGUCCUCAGACUGAAGAGGUGCUGGAGGCUGACCGGUCCUGGGACAAUCCACCAGUAACUUUUAAACCCCCGGUGCCAGUAGGUGGUGCUGAAUUACUGGAAUCUGAUGGAGCAGCAAGAGACAAACUGAUUGAUGAUUAUUUGACUGACUGCAUGAAGAGCAACAAAGAGGCUGUGACAUGUGCAUCUGGAUAUUCCUCCAGUAAGCACCAUGGGCCUGUAGAAGCACUGAAGCAAAUGCUGUUUAGUCUGCAGUCUGUAGAGCAGCGUUUCAGCCAAGAGCAAAUAGAUCAGCAUGAAGAAAUAACGACUAUAAAACAGUUAGGGUCUGAAAUGCCAUUGGUGGAUUAUGAAACAGCCCCAGGCGGCCAGUCUUUACAAAGGGCAAUGCACCAUUUAGGGCGACUGAAGAACCUUGUUGAUGAUAUGAAGGAGAAGAAAGAGCAAGACAACGAGACCCAGAAAGAAAACUAUUUGGGCAAUGCACCAUUUAGGGCGACUGAAGAACCUUGUUGAUGAUAUGAAGGAGAAGAAAGAGCAAGACAACGAGACCCAGAAAGAAAACUAUUUGGUUAAUAAAGGAAAAUAAAUUUAGGCAACAUAGUUAACCAAAAAAACGUAUUCUCAUUUUGUUGAUCAUUAAUGAACAUUUCUGUACUGUGGGUGUUGUCGAGUGAUUGAAAACAAGACAUUUUGUGUUUGAAUUGAAAGUGAUGGUCUUGAGGAGUCGAAUGGGUCACUACUGUGGUAUUAUGCCUUUUUUUAGAAUAUAUAUAUAUAUAUAUAUAUAUAUAUAUAUAUAUAUAUAUAUAUAAAAUUGUUUGAUUGCAGGGCAAUGCACCAUUUAGGGUGACUGAAGAACCUUGUUGAUGAUAUGAAGGAGAAGAAAGAGCAAGACAACGAGACCCAGAAAGAAAACUAUUUGGUUAAUAAAGGAAAAUAAAUUUAGGCAACAUAGUUAACCAAAUACAGCACUUUAUUAAGAUGCUUCCAGAAACAUUUCAUAGCCAUCUAAAUAAUAUUAUUGUACUCACUGUACCAGAGUUUAGAAAAACAGUUGUCACUCACUUCUGUCUUUUUUAUUUUCUGUUGACUGAUUGAUUAUAUGAUAUAACAUUUAACAUUUUCCCUAACCAUCACUAUAUGAUUUGAUAUGUGUUUUAAAUUACCUCUUACUACCCGGGUAUUGAUUUAUUAAUUUGAGAAUUUAAAGAAAAUGUUGAAAAUAUGACAAUACAGUUGAAAGCGCGGGUCUCUGGCCGGCGUAAUAAAGACAAUGUUAAAACAAGCUUUUGCAUUGAGCCUUUUCUUAACUGACAGGAUAUCAUUUUACAGAAAACAAUAACACACCGCGAGCAGCAAGUACACCUCAAUAAUAAUAACU